GCCGGGCAAGAUGGCGGCGCCCAGGCGGUGAGGGGAGAGGGCGGCGGGAGCAGCGCUGUGGCCAUGAGCGCUGCCCGCCGCUGCAGCCCGCCCCGGGCGAUGGCAGGAUUAUUUAUCUGGCAUCUGAAGAGCACUGGAAUCCGGCAGGUACCAUGCCACUUCGUGCACCUCUGCCGUGUAGCCAAUGACAGAUUGGUUACGUUUCAGUACUUCAACUUUCUCAAACGAAUGUAUGUAACGCAAUACAACAAAGACCUCAGCCAACGAGCCAAACCUAAGUCAGAUUCAGUUGCAUCUCCUUUUCGUGAGCUUCAGCAGCUGGAUCAAGAAAAAAAGGUUAUAUACAAGAUUAGACCAAUUUCACCUGUUCAUCAGCCUUUGUCUGAGACGUCGAGCAGAAAUGAGCUGAGAGAAGUGCAGUCGGCUGCAGAAGCUGAAGGCUCAGUCACCCCAGUAAGAGCAGAACCCAAAGACGACAGACAAUGGAAAGAAAUGAAGCUCCGGCUGGAAGAUUUGCCAGGAAUUUUGGCACGCUUGUCCAAAAUUAAGCUUACAGCUCUGGUUGUAAGCACGGCGUCUGCUGGCUUUGCCAUGGCCCCAGUCCCGUUUGACCUGACCUGUUUCCUGCUGGCCUCCCUCGGAACCGGACUGGCCUCCUGUGCUGCCAACUCCAUCAACCAGUUCUUUGAGGUUCCGUUUGACUCAAACAUGAACAGGACAAAAAACAGACCACUGGUGCGAGGACAGAUCAGCCCCCUCCUCGCCGUCUGCUUCGCCGCCUCCUGCGGCGUCCCGGGAAUCGCCCUGCUGACCCUGGGGGUGAACCCUCUCACCGGGGCCCUGGGAGCCUUCAACAUCUUCCUCUACACGUGCUGUUACACCCCCAUGAAGAGGAUGAGCAUUGCCAACACCUGGGUGGGGGCUGUCGUCGGAGCCAUUCCCCCCGUCAUGGGCUGGACGGCGGCUACUGGCACUCUGGAUGCUG